CGGGGACCCCAACGUGCUAGUGCUUCUUUGUUUUACUUUUAUGGAAUACGCUUAGUCCACCAUGGAACGAAAUGAUUCCCGACCACGCAGAGCUUGCGUGGAAAAGCAAGAGCAAAUCGCAAAGAAACAAUUCGCUCGACAGGAACUCUCGAACAUGAACGAGCUCUUUCUCCAGGAGAAUUCCGACGCAACUGAAAGUGAUAGUGGCGAUGAAAUCGCAGACGAGCGUAGAAUGCAGGGCGCUCAAUCGGUGGACGCAUCGGCUGGGAAAGAUAUGUUCAAUUUCCCAUCACAGUCUCCUUCGGUGAAGCUCACACUCGUUCAGAAAGCCAAUAAAGGCAUUCGAACCCCCACCACUCGAACGACGAAAGCUCAAGCGACCACUCCGUCGUCGAGAAGCGCGAGGAAGCCUCACGAUGUCAACACCCCGCACGCCGUCAGACGGAAAAUCGCUAGCAGAUUGGGGAAAAUACGAGAAGAAAAUCUCAAGAACCGAGAAGAUUCAGACGAAAGUGAGAAUGAUGACGACGAUUUCAGCGAGGGUGCUCUUCUAGACGAGGAGGCUGACGACGCAUCGGAUUAUUUCUCUCAGAACAGUCGGGGGGUGAAGAAAAUGACCACGAAUCACACGCUGUCCAAGCUCGGAGAAGCCAUGCUAACUGAAGAACAAAUCACUGCGUGUCUCGAAAAUGACAAGGAUCCGCAUGCCAAGAACAGGAGGAAGCUCUUGGACAAGUUGAUCAGAAGCUUCGAUUUCUGGGAAUCUCUAUGCAUCGAAGGAUCCAAUCUGCUUCUCUACGGCCUCGGCUCCAAAUAUCACCUCCUGGAGAAACUGAGCGACUUCCUCUACGACCGGAAUUUCAUGACGAUGACAGUGAACGGUUUCCUACCAACAUGCUCGAUUCAAGAAAUCGUCACGAAUAUCCUCGCAGCGAUUAGCGGUUCCCGGCCGAAGGGAUUGAUCGGAUUACAAGCUCAGUUGGAUUUCAUAAAUUCACACUUCAGAAAAACUAAUUCAGAACAUCUGUUCGUGCUCGUAAACUGCAUCGAUGCCGCACCCCUCAUUUCCGCGAAGAGCCUCCAAGCUCUAGAAACAUUAGCAAGUGCUCCAAUGCUCCACUUCAUCGGAACUGUAAACCACAUAAACGCACCGCUGCUGUGGGAUCUCAACCGCGCGAGAGCGAUGAGAUGGGUUUGGAUUGACGCCACUACGUACGAGCCGUACAGUGUUGAGCUCUCAUCAGACGCUUUGCGGAGCUCGGCGGCAAAUACUCUUUCGUCGCUCGAACACGUUUUCGCUUCCCUGACUAUCAACGCAAAGAGAAUAUUCCUCCUGAUAGCGAACUACACAAUGGAAAACAACUCCACGUCGAAUUUCCGCGGCAUGCCAUUCCAAACGUGUUACCAUCAAUGUCGUGAAGCUUUCCUCGUCAAUUCAGAUCUCACUUUGAGGGCUCAACUGACAGAGUUCGUCGAUCACGAUAUGAUUCGACUCAAGAAAGGGCAUGACGGGGUGGAUUAUUUAGUAAUCCCUAUAGAGAAGGAAACUUUGGAAAUGUUCGUUCAACAACAGCCGGACGAUGUCUGA